AUGGUCUUGCAUUUACCCAUUACAAACGAUACCACCGACAACCAUUCAUCCAAUACAGCACAUGCAUCAUUUACCAAUACAAAAAAGAAAACCUCGAGAAAAGUACGCUUUGCAGAGGAUACUUCAUCCAAUCAGAGGACAGAGCAAUGGCUCCAAGAAUUGUGUACUAUUGAAUCGGCUAUUGAAGACGACUUGCUACAAUGCGACUUUGAUGAGCUGAACGAAAAAACUGAAGAGGCACAUGCCAUGAUGGAGAUGAUACUCAGCACUCAAAAGAAGAUUUGUGAUGACAACAUGCGUCAAGCCGCCAUGUGGCAAGAAAAAUUAGAUGCGUUGGAGAAUAGCAAGCCAUCCAUAGCAACACAAAGCAUACUCGAAUCGUUGGCAGCCAUGGCAACUCGAAUCAACAACAAUAAUGUAUCAUGCGACAGUCAUUAUUCAUUCACACUCAACCCCUCCUCGGUCGAGACUCCAUCUUUUAUGCAAGAACAACAACAUCCCACUAUUAUGCAUCGUCGGACGAAUAAUGCGGAAAGUGAAAUGAGCACGAUGGCAGACAUUAGCAACAAAACCAAUAUGGAAUGCAUCAUGAUCGGCGUAUCGGACAAUGGGGGGAAUACGAUAAAUCAAACCAGUAUUUCAGAAAGGAUACUCCAUCCAUGCAGGAGCCAGAGCUUUGACAAGCUCGAUGUCAUCCUUCAGCAUCCACCACAAAAGGCUGCCACAGAUUAG